AUGACUCAACGAGACCCUAUCGCUUCUUCCUCCCGCCGCCGUCCCUCUCUUUCGCUCAGAUCUCGACCACGUACCUCCGCCUCGUCGACCGUUCAGUCUUCCGGACUUGAAAAUGAGGCCUGGAACAGAUUGUCCGUGUUAGACGCAUCGGACGACGGUGAAGGACAGGUUGUGGAAGAAAUGAACCACUUCCCGGAACCGGUCCUGAGGCGUCGUGGAGCUAAGAGUUUCUCCAGCCUCCGUCAUCCCGUGGACGGUCUCCGCGCUCUCGGCCGUCGUCUGUCUGUCAACAUUCGGAACAAAUCGUCCAGGCAUGCCUCUCACUCCCAUUCUGAGGGCCACGCUCUGUGUCAGGAUGAUGAACAUACCCCAAACAGAGAUGCCAUCUUGUCGAGGCAUAGUUGGUGCAGAGGCUCCAACAUCAACCGUCGUGCAUCGCUGAACGGCGUUCCCGGUCUGCACGGGUUUUACGCUCCUACUGCCGGCGCCAAUGGUCCGAUUCCUGGAAAUGGCCUGGAGCCACCAUUUCUUCCAAACGAUAUCUACGCGGGAUCAGCUGCCCGAGCUGCGGCUGCAGCUCAAAAUGAGAUGGCUCGAGUCGAGCGCGACUGUGCCAAACUGUCCGAUGCGAGGUUGCCGCAGGAUUCGGAAAGCGGCAUCGGAAUUGACCUGCGUGAUCAUUCGGAUGAGCUCUCCGACGUUGAUCUCGAGGAUAUCGUGCGCCUCGACCCGGUUGAUUAUCUCCCAACGGAGAUCAUGUCCCAGGUCUUUAGUUAUCUUGACCCCAAGUCGUUGAUGCAAUCUGAAUCGGUUUCUCACGCUUGGAAUGGGCAGGCUUCCUCUCGGCAUAUCUGGAGACAGGUAUUCCGUCGUGUCUACGGACAUAGUCGACCUCAUGCUGUUUCGUCUAAGAAGAAACAGUCCGCAGGUUUGGGAAAGACCAUUCCCAAUCAAGACUGGAAGAGAAUGUUCUUCGUUCGACGCGCUCUAGACAGUCGUUGGAAGGAAGGCAAGGCCGCCGCCAUCUAUCUUCACGGACACACGGACAGUGUAUACUGUGCGCAGUUUGAUGAGGACAAAAUCAUCACCGGUUCUCGUGACCGGACCGUUCGCAUCUGGGAUGCUCAUUAUCCUUGGCCGUGUCGGAAAAUCAUCGGACCUCCCCCGGGAGAUGUUCCGAGGAUUGGGCCGGUGAACAACCCAAGCCAGCAGUCUUCAGGCAAACCUCCUUUCCUGACCAUCUGCCCCCCUCCCACCGUCGCUGACGGGAUUGUGACACCGGUGGACCAGUCUUCGGACUACCACAGCGCUUCGAUCCUGUGUCUUCAGUUCGACGAGAGGAUCAUGGUCACUGGCUCUUCGGAUUUCUCGUGCAUUGUGUGGGAUAUUCACAAUGACUACAAACCGAUCCGUCGCCUUGAAGGCCACCGAGCCGGUGUGCUGGACGUUUGCUUUGACGAGCGGUACAUUGUCUCGUGCUCCAAGGAUACUACCAUUUGUGUUUGGGAUCGCCAGACCGGAGCGCUCGUGAAGAGGCUCGUUGGACACCGCGGACCGGUCAAUGCCGUCCAGCUGCGGGGCGAUCUGAUCGUUUCUGCCAGUGGAGACGGGGUGGCCAAGCUGUGGAAUAUCACGUCGGGCCUCUGCAUCAAGGAGUUCCCCAGCAAGGACCGUGGUUUGGCGUGCGUCGAAUUCAGCGACGAUGCGCGGACCAUCCUCACGGGCGGAAAUGAUCAGGUGAUCUAUCAGUUUGAUGCCAACACUGGCGAGCUCGUGAAUGAGCUCAAAGGCCACGUGGGCCUGGUCCGGUCUCUGCAUCUCGAUAGCAUGAGUCAGCGGAUUGUCAGCGGAAGCUACGACGUCAGCGUCAAGGUCUUUGACGCGCAGACGGGAGAAUUGUCGAUUGACCUCCCGGGAUGGACCACUAGCUGGAUGCUGAGUGUGAAAUCCGACUACCGGCGUAUCGUGGCCACCAGCCAAGACUCUCGUGCCGUCAUCAUGGACUUCGGAUAUGGUCUUGACGGCAUUGAGCUGCUGGAAGAAUAA